CGGGUUGUGCUUCGGUCUCCGGUGACUCCGCCCGGUCUCACCUGUCUGUGGCGGCUCGUGCUCCUGCUCCAGAAAUGUCCGAGACCCGGAGAGUUCAGUUGACGACCCUGAGCUUCCCCGCGGGGCAGUCCUUCCCGACCUCACCCGCGGCUGCCCCGGUGCUGCAGCGGGUUCCUCCCGGGCCUCCGGCCGAGCAGUGCGGCCCUGACACGGGCACGGUGCGGCUCGUCCUCGACCUGUUCGAGCCGGACGAGUGGGCCUUCCCCGAGUUCAGUUACUCCCAGCUCCUGGACAGAGAGAAGAGCGUGAAGGUUCCUCUGAGCAGGAUGGAGCAUCAGGAGCAGAGGGAGAAGGAGGAACUGGCCCAGAUCGCCAAGAAACUGGAGGAAAAAUAUGGAGGGAUGCUCAGACCUCAGGAUCGUAUACAGGACCUGAUUGAUAUUGGAUAUGGUUAUGAUGAUGAGGAUUCAUUCAUCGAUAACUCUGAGGCUUAUGAUGAGUUUGUGCCUGCGUCCCUCACCACCAAUCUGGGGGGCUUCUAUGUGAACUCAGGGCUCCUGCAGUUCAGACAGGUCUCAGACACGGAGCCAGAUGGAGAGGAACCCUCAGCAAAGAGAAUGGAGGCAUCUAAGCGGAAACUCAAAGGUGGGCCGGACAAACCAAUGAAGAAACGCUGUGACGACGACUCGGAGGGCGACGCCAAAACAGGUGAGCGUGUGAGUGAGCGUGUGAGUGAGCGUGUGAGUGAGCGUGUGAGUGAGCGUGUGAGUGAGCGUGUGAGUGAGCGUGUGAGUGAGCGUGUGAGUGAGCGUGUGAGUGAGCGUUGUGACUGUAGUACAUGUGUCUGUAACUUGUCUGGCUCUCUGGGUGACAGUCUGAAGAAGAAAAAGAAGAAACCCACAGCCCUGAGUAUGACCAGUGCUCUGAGGAGGUGUGAGAGGCAGAGGCAAGAGCAGGCAGGGGCCUCAGCCAGGGGCCCCCCUCUGGGCUUCAGCACACUGGCCCUGGGGCCCGCAGAUGCAGGAGGUGGAGGCUGCAUGUCCUUCACAGACCCACCCCUUCGACUCACUGAACCCCCAAAGGAACUGACUCUGGACUCUGAUCUGGACUGUGUGCUGGUCAGUGAAGACAGCUCCUCCACCCACUCUCUGCCCCCCACAUCUGCCCCCCCACCCAACUCUGAUGGGGCCAUGCAGACCCAGGGGACAGAUGAGGAGAUGGUGUCUCAGACCUGUCCUGAGAGCUUCCCUCUUGCUCUGGAGGACAGCAUCCACAAACUCCAGAUGGCCUCCAAGACCUCAGAGGAAGAGUCCAAAGUAAAGUUCUACACCCCAGAGAUCAAUGAGCUGCUUCUUCUGAUCGAUGAGCAGUGCCGACAGCAUGGAGGACCUCACGGAGGUUCUCUACGCUCCAGGGUCUACUCCCACCUCUGCUCCUUCCUGCCUUGCAACAAAAGCACACUACUGCGGAGGGUCAACCGGCUCAAGCACCCACGCAAUGAUGUGGAGCAGCUAAUGAAAAGUCUGAAGAAGGCCAUCGAGAAGACCAUGCCUGCGCAGAUCCUGAGCUGGAAGGAGAUGUGUGGAGCUCCCCAACACACAGCCAUGGCCACAGAGGAGGAGGAGAUGGGAGGGAAGAAGGUGCACGGACCCAAAAAGCUCUUCAAAUGGAACGAUGAAAUCAGAGAGGCUCUGCGGCGUCUGCUGAAGAUGAAACUAGAGCAGUUCCAGAAGGACGACAGGGCUCAGGAGGAGGUGGACCAGUACCUGAGCUCAGUGCUGGAGGAGGAGGUGAAGCCGCUCUGGCCCAAAGGAUGGAUGUCCUCCAGGAUCCUGCACAAAGAGGCAAGGAAACUGUUGAGUCCAGAGCUGAUGCUGGUGAAGACGUCUAGACAAGACAAACGUGACUCUGCUGUAGUGAUCCCAGGACAGAGGGGUGUGGCCACAAACACUUACCCCGCCUCCUCAGACAACAGACCCACCGCCUCCUCUAAGCCCGCCCCCACAGCCUCCCGCUCCACUCAUCUCCUGCCCCCCUUCCAGCAGCAGGAGCUCCUGGUUGCGGCGGUGGCCCGGUACAAACAGUGCACUCAGAGGUGGUGCCUCAGUGAGGUCGCAGGCAGCCCCCCCCUGCCCCCUCCCCCUCCUCAGUCCAGCCCCAUAAACUUCCCCUUGACACCACUGAGUGCACUUAUCCCCAACCUGGACCCCACCAAGAACAUGUGA